AAUUUUGGUGAGACUAAAUAACAACUGGUUAAAGAACUGAGUUUUUUAAAUCCUAUCGAAAUUUCUAUUUUCAAUUAAUCAUUGAUACCAAACUUACAAAAUGACGUUUGACUUUUUGUUAUUAUUGUAAUAUAACUCCCCCAUGUAACCAACUGAUCUAACCUAUAAACGAAAUUUAUUUAAUAAAACUAUUUAUUACAUUUGCGAUAACAGAUAACACUGAGUAAAAUUUAAGGUAAAUUGGCCCCAUUUGUAAUAAUUUAUUAUAAUAUUAUGGCCUGUGAAGUCAAAGAAAUAGAUGGAUCAAUUUUGGAAGGAGGUGGACAGAUUUUACGAAUUGCUCUCACUCUUAGCGUUAUUAGAAAGAUACCUGUCCGUAUUAUGAAGAUUCGUGCUGGUCGUAGCAAACCAGGUUUAAUGGAACAACACUUGAAAGGUAUUGAGCUGCUACGAGAUAUUAGCAAUGCUAAAGUGAAGGGAGCAUCAUUUGGCUCAACAGAAGUCGAAUUUUGGCCAGGUAAUAUAACAGGAGGUAGUUAUGAAGCUCGAGUGAAGACUGCAGGCAGUAUAAGUUUAUUAUUACAAGCUGCUUUACCAUGUACUUUGUUUGCUAAUUCCAAUACUACGUUAAGGCUUCAUGGGGGGACAAAUGCUGAAAUGGCCCCCCAAAUUGAUUACACAACAGAAGUUUUUAGACCGAUUUUAGAGAAAUUUGGAGCUACAUUUGACUUUGAUUUAAUAAGAAGGGGUUAUUUUCCAAAAGGCGGAGGCGAAGUUGUUAUUAAUAUUGAACCUAUACCUAAAUUAGACCCUAUUAAAAUAGUGGAUAGAGGACAAAUUACUUCCGUUUUUGGGUGGAGUUUUGUAGCUGGUUCCCUUCCAAUAAAAUUAAGUCAUGCAAUGGCAGAUUCAGUCGGACGAGAGUUAAAACGUUUUUGUAACAACAUAAAAAUUGAAAGGUAUAAAGAAGAUCGAAAUAUAGCUCCUGAUAACUGUUCAGGUAUAAUUGUGGUAGCUGAAACUAGUACAGGAUGUCUUUUGGGAGGUUCUGCGCUUGGAAAAAGGGGCGAAAAUUCAGAAGAAACUGGAAGGAGAGCUGCGUUAGACUUAGCGAAAUCUUUUGAGGAAGGAACUUGUGUUGAUUCACAUUCACAGGAUCAGAUCAUUGUAUUUAUGGCUUUGGCGCAAGGACCUUCUAGUGCUAAAGUAGGAGAAAUAACAAUGCAUACAAAAACUGCAAUUUUUAUUGCUGAAAAAAUGACAAAUGCAAAAUUUGAAAUUAUACCUAGUGGACCAUCUAAUAUUAUUCAGUGCAGUGGCAGCAAAUAGUUUAUCUGUAUGUAACGUAAUGGAGAAGGUACUUUUGUCUAAAUUGUACACCAGAAAAUACACUCAAGAUAUAUUUUGUUUUUUAACAAAUGUAAAUUGUGUAUAUUUAUUUAUUGUGAUUAUUUAAUAAUAAAUCAACAAUUUAAAUUGCUGUACUAGUUUCAGUGAUUAAGAUAUUUUUGUAAUAACAUUUGUAGCGGCUUUGUAUUAAAGCGUUCCGCCACGCACUCUACGUUCUCUGGUUACGGUAGACGCACCUGCGACGAUACACCACCCCGGUACGUGGUAAAUCCUUGAAGCACCCUUGGCGGUCUCCCUCUACUGCUUCAUUAUAUUACAAUUGAGUGUUGUACUUUGUUCAUUGAUAAACUGUUCAAACAUC